AUGGCUUCGAUUGUGCGCCCUGCUCUUCUCCGGCAAACAGCCACGGCGGCCCGCAUGGCCCAGGCCACCCCGAUCCGUUCCGCCUUCGUCAAGAACUCGUCAAGAGUCGCCGCCUUCCACACAACCGCCAAGAGGGAUCUGUUGCCCGUCGGUCCUCAGGUCAUUCAGGGUGGAGUGAACGACCCUGCCCCCGUCCCUCCCCCGAGUCCCGCCCAUGGCUCCUACCAUUGGAGCUUCGACCGCAUUCUCGCUGCCGGCCUUGUCCCCAUCACCAUCGCCCCCUUCGCCGCCGGCUCCCUGAACCCGACAACCGACGCCGUCCUCUGCGCCAUGAUCCUCAUCCACUCCCACACCGGCUUCCAGAACAUCAUCAUCGAUUACGUCCCCACCAAGCACUACCCCAAGUCGCGCAAGGCGACGAUGUGGGGUCUCAAUGUCGUCACCGCACUGGUUGGCCUCGGCCUGUACGAGUUCGAGACCAGCGACGUCGGUGUUACUGAGGCUGUCGCGCGUCUGUGGAAGGCUUAA